AUGUCUGACGAUCGCAUGUCCUCGACUGACGAUGUCAUCGUCAGCCUCAGUUUCCCGAUCUCCGAUAAUGCUUACCCUGAGCGUCGCAUUACACUCAAUGCGGCCAGGCCUUCCAUUCAAGUCGGCCGUACCAGCAAGAGAGUGGCCAACCUAUCUGCUGCCCUUGACAAUGCCUGGCUUGAAAACCCCGUGAUAAGCCGCGAGCAUGCCGAGAUCUAUCUCGGUCCAGACACAGAGAAAGCUGUCUACAUCAAGGACCGUAACUCGAGACACGGUACUUUCGUCAACAAAGACCGCGUCUAUCCCCAUACCCCUGUCCAGCUUCACCAAGGUGAUUUCGUCAGAUUUGGUAUCGAUAUACAACGUGACCAGGGUCUCUAUCCCCCGCCCUCUGCUUCCAUCGACAUCCAGUUCAUCAAUGGAGCGGAUCAUAAUACCACAGGCACUCAGACCCCUGUUGAUCGCUCAGUCGGGUAUCACGUUCCUGAGACUUCUGACGACAGUGAUGGCUUUGACAGCGACGAUUGUGACGAUGAGGACUGCAACGCAGUACGCAGCGCUGUCGCAAACCUUCGAGCUGCCGGAGAGCAACGAGCACCGAAGCAGGAUACUGCUGCAAUCACUCCAACGACUCCUGCAGUGACGCCUGGCGCUGUGCCGUCCAAAAUCAGUAUCAGCGCCGAAAUCAUCGACCUUGACCAUUACGAGCCUAAGGGUGAGACUGUCAUCGAUCUGACGGGAGCCUCCACUUCAGAGCAGUUGCCCACGCUAUCUAAACCAGCUCCUUGCGUCACUGAAGUUCUUGAUUUUGAUUAUGACGACGAAGGCAAAGAAAAUGUGCACCUUUCUAUGGAAACAGAGCCAACUCAUUCGGUCGACCACUCCCACCAACCUAUCCAUUUUGACACGAGCGAGUCUGAACGUGAGUCUUCAGAUGAUGAUACUCAACUCGAUGGUGCUCCAUUGGGGUUGUGGAGCAGCUCAGUAAUUGCCGGCACUGAGCACACUGGAGACGAUGACGAGGACGACUUCGAGGUUGAGUCGAGUGAUUCGAUCAGCAGCGAGGAUGAAUCCAUCUCAGACAUCGAUGAGUAUGAAGACAACUACGAAGAAGCAUCCAUUGUCAUGGAAGAUGCCGCCAAAACGCAGAACCCAUUAUCGUCAGGCUGGGAGGGCUACCCGGAACUGUCACAAUCAGUUAAGGAACACAAUGAACUUGGAUUCCUUCCUGCAAUCGAGUCCGAGAAACCGCAAGGAAUGACCUCCCCCUCUUGUGUUUCAGCAGCUAGAAAGCCUCUGACAUGCUCCUCAUCAGUUCCUACAUCGCCGCCAGAACAGCAGUGGAUGCUUCCACCCUUGCAACAGGUCCUGGGCUCCAACGGGAUGACCAUAUCCACCCUGCCAACCAUGAUUCCUGCGGCCCCCCAAUGUACAAUUUUUGUUUCGGCUUCUGCCACGAAUUCUCCAAGCAUCCAAAAGUCACGGAAACUCCCGCCCUGGCGAGAGGCAGCCGCCAACCUACAGCCGGACCGCCCGGGCCAGUCAUUCAACACUUGGCGGUCCGAGAACGAAGAUUUCCUUCAGGCGCGAGAGUCAAACAAGCAAGAGCUUUGUCGACGCCUAUCGGUCUCCAAGACAGAGCUGCCCAAAUCGAGUGUGACUCUUCUGUCGACGCCAACAACAGAACCUGCUUUGUCGGGUAAACCCAAGUCUGAGAACGAAUCGACGGCUGCAUGCGAGCCUGUAAUACCAACAGAUGACACCGAGGACUCUCUCGAUCUUGCACCGUGUUCUAAAAAUCAGUUGGUGCAGUCGUUUUCACCCGCUGAAGCCAUGUGGAUUGAUUCCGGCGACAGGUUCCUCACUGGCCCCGUGAACGACCCCGUCAUCGCCGACGCUCGCAUUAGCCCUGAGCUGGAUAUGACUAGCGCUUGGUCUUUCAACCAAAGCAAAGUGGCUGCAGCUACGGUGGAGCCCGACAGUAACAUCCAAGCUAGUAUGGUUGAGUUGCAACUCCUUGGUGCACCUGUCAAAAUUUGCGAACAGUUGCGAUCUCGGACCUCUGCGAAGCGCAAGGCUUCUGACAUUUCGGAUGCUGUGCUCGGAGAGGAGGCAGUGGAGGCGGCUCUCAACGAUACCACCAACGGUGAUGAUCUAGCAGCCAGAGCGCCUUCUGCGUAUAUGGGCAGUGGCGACCCAGCAGUCUCAGCUUCCUCAGAGACAUCAAAGUCCAAGCAGAGGUGCAGCUUUGGUGUACACGAGCAUGGCUGUGACCGCCCGUCAAAGCGAUUUAGACGCAUGGCUGAGGCAGAUGGUUCCAUGUUCAACGAGUGGGGUCUCGUUUGA